AGGACCAGAGGUGGGGGGAAGCACAUGUUUGCCGAGCGCUGCCUUGACAUGUUGGAUCCAACCUGGAAUACCUUCCUUGCCGAAGCGGAAGUUGCCAGACGAGAGCUUGUCGUUCUUUUGGGCUCCAGGCGCCCGGGGGCGGGGCGGGCCCACCGCUUGGCGCGCCAUGGCGCUGCGGCCCUGGAACGUGUUCAAGAAGACGUACUACGUCAGUCAUGCCGGGGGCGCCUCGUUGCCAGUUGCCUCGCAGCUCAGUCUGGCCAGGGCGCGGCUGCAGACGGAAGAGGCAGGGGCCGGCGGGAUCGGCGGUUCCUUCGUGGGUCGGCUGGGGCUGCUGCUGCCCCCCGCCGCGGCGAUGUGGCUGCUGCUGCUUGCGGCGCGCUGGCGCUACCAGGAUCCAGAGAAGAUGCGGGCCCUCGACGCUUCCAGCAGCGUCGGUGGCUCCGUGCUCCGCGACUUUCUGGGCUGGCGCGUUGCGGCACACCUUGGCCCGUACCAGGUCCCGAACCUCGUGCGUGCGAGGCUCCAUCAGGAGCCGCUGCAGACCUUGCGGCAGCCGCUCCUGCUCGACCACGAGCGUUCUAGAGCGCUCGCCCGGCUGGAGCAGCUGAGCCAGCGGCGGUUGGCGGCGCAGAGCCUGGCCCCCCUGGGCGGCCUGGAGCCGCUGUUCCUUGACGCGCUGGCGCUACCCGGGCCCGCGCGGGGCACAGCUCCUGGCAGCACAGAGUCACACAGGGCCGCCGCGCUGCGCGUCGUGCUCGAUGUCGUGGGCGCCCUGCCACCAGAGGGCCGAGAAGUUCCGCCCUGGGUGCUCAGCGGCCUCGUGGCUGCGGGGGGCGAGCCCUGGGGCACGGCGCAAGGGCAGGAGCUGCAGGCGACCCUGCUGUGCCAGCUGCUGAGGUCCGCGGCCAACUGCAGGGCGGCGGCCGCCCUGCCCGAGGUCCUGGCCUACCUGAGCCAGCCCGGCAUGAAGAGGAAAGAGGAGACCUGGUGGCCUGUGAAAGCCUACCUCCUCAGCGGCGAGACGCCCGACCUGCUGCGCAGGGGCCUGAGGCUGGUGGCCAGGGAGUGCCCCGACGCCGUCGUGGUGCCUUCUCGGCCCGACCGGGAUACCCCGAGCCUGCAGACCAAGCGCGACUUGCGCAGCCUCUGGACGACCGCCUUGGCCACCGCGGCGUGGGCUUCCGUAAGGGCGUGGCGCGGUGUGCUGGACGUGCGGGCGUUGGCGCAGUUGGCCGCGGCAUGCGGCGGCGCUCUAGGAGGCGUGGCAGCGCUGGAGGCCUUGUGGCGCGUGGAGGAGCAGGUCAUCGAGACUGAGUGGUACUUCGCGGAGUCCAGCGCCGCUCUGGCGGGUUCUGCAGGAAUGUGUCUGGCGAACUGUGUGGUGCUCGCAUGGGCGGCCCGCUGGUCGGCUGUGGUCCCCUUUGCCUUCGCACGGCUGGCCAAGGACGACUUGUUGGACGCUCACCGUUCAUUCGACGAGAUCUGACGUUCCAUAGUUGCGCGGCCGACGCCGCGCACGAUGCAUCCAUGCUGUCCGUGGUGAUGGCCGUUCUUGCAGCGACGUCCUGUAGACACCGCGGGGGGCAUCACACGGACCAAACAAACACCAUAUUAUCCAGCUGCCUGCAGCAAGUGCUGCCACCGUGCCAGCCCAG